AUAUUCAGUGGCAUUGAUAUAUAAUUUCUCAUAAUAUUGUAACGAAUUUUGGUAAUUAUGCACGGAGUUUGCGACAAUAUUUGCAGUCUAUUUCAGCUCUAAUCGGCCAAACAAUGCACACAAAUCAUAUAAAAGAGCCGCCGAAACCUCAAAUUGACAACAGUUAACGUUUUCAAUUAAAUAAAUUAACACCGAACACAGCCUAAACCAAAACCGCAAAUUUAACCAUGGCAUUCAAAUUCAUCGUUCCACUUUGUGCCCUCCUUGCUUUGGCCACUGCCGGCAAUAUUGGACUUGCACCAGUUGCUUAUGCCACCGCACCAGUGGUAGCCAAAAUCGCUACACCAUCAAUCGAUGCUGUUGGCACAACACAUCAAAAUGUUGUUCGUUCUUUUGGUGGCACCGUUUCUACUUAUUCCAAAGCUGUGGAUACUCCUUACUCCAGCGUCCGCAAGGAAGAUACUCGUAUUACCAAUAAUGUUUACACACCAGCCGUUGCCAAGACUGUCGCUUAUGCAGCUCCUGCUGUUACUUAUACUGCACCAGUUGUAACAAAAACUCUCGUUGCUCCAGUUCCAACUGUAGCUGCUUAUGCUGCCGCUGUUCCAGCUCCAGUUGUUUACUCACAUGCUGCUCCUGCUGCUGUAGUCAAGCAUGCCAUCGCCUAUUCACCAGCUGAAACUGUUGCUCAUGUGAGCUUUGAUGGAUUCGGUGCUCAUUGGGCAUACUAA